ACAAACAGCUGUUGCUGCUGCGGUAUCGUGGUAUCGAUACUAUUGCAUACCUCACCCACAGAUUGUUUGCAUUUUGAUAAAAUUUUCUAUAAUUAAAUUAAAAAUUAAAAUAAAUGGCCACGCUUGAGGAUAAAUUAUUAGGCGAAAAACUGCAGUACUACUGCAGCAGCAGCGAGGAGGAAGACAACGGAGACGAUGGCGACGAUGAGAAGGGCGCUGGAGGCUCUCGCAAGGGAGGCGCUGGAUUGACAAUCAAUACGGAUCCCAAUGCGGCGCCCGCGGGCGGAUUUCGAUCGCAGGGAUCUACGAAUACCGGUCCCAAGGGUGUGGUAAAGGACUGGCAGCGUUUUAAGCAAUUGGAGGCUGAGAAGCGCGAGGAAACGGAACGACAGCGCAUGGAGCUGGCCAAGAAAUUGAGUAUGACCACCGCCACAUCCGCUGAGGAUGAGGAACGCAAGCGACAGGAGGAGCUGGAUGCCGAAUUCGCCGAGCUGAUGAGUGAGGACUUUCUGCAGCAGUAUCAAAAGCAGCGCAUGGCCGAAAUGCUGCGCCAAACGGGACACAAUCAACAAUUUGGCAAGGUACAUCAGUUGAGCACCCACGAGGAGUUUCUUUCCUGUGUGGAGCAGGAGAACAAGCACACCACCAUCAUCAUUCACAUCUACGAGCGGGCACAGUCCGCUUGCAUUACGCUCAACAACUGCCUGGAUACGCUGGCCAGCGAGUAUCCGUCCAUUAAGUUUGCCAAGAUCUGUAGCUCCGUUGCCGGCAUGAGCCGCGAUUUCCGCACCAAGGGAUUACCCGCUCUCUUGGUCUACAAGGCACAGGCUCUGAUUGGUAACUUUGUGCGUCUCACAGACGAUCUAAGCGAUGAUUUCUUCGCCUCCGAUGUGGAAAGUUUCCUCAUCGAGCAUGGAAUCAUAGUGGAUAAAGCCUUGUACAACUAAAUAUCGUUGUGAACUCCAUAUAGAUAGAUAGACUAAGCUGACCAAAUGAUGUGUUCCCAAGUCUAGUAUCUCAUCCGAACGAUCACACUUAAUACCGUCUAGUUUUAAAUUCAA